AUGCUCCGGCUACAAGCUCGGCGUCAAAUGCCCGCCAGCUUCAGGAGGCUGCUGUUCCCAUUGUCCUCUCGAUUUUUCUCUGCAACACCCCUGCCAUGUUCCUCCCUACCAAAGGAGAAGAAGCUCAAUAGCGUCUCACAGCAUGUCACGCAACCCAUUUCUCAGGGCGCUUCACAAGCUAUGCUUUACGCUACCGGUUUAACCCUAGAGGAUAUGUCGAAAGCCCAGGUCGGCAUAUCGAGCGUUUGGUACAAUGGAAACCCCUGCAACAUGCACCUCCUCGAUUUAGGCAAUCGGGUGCGCGAAGGCGUGCAGAAGGCAGGACUUGUUGGUUUCCAAUUCAACACCAUAGGCGUUAGUGAUGGUAUCAGCAUGGGAACCAAGGGUAUGCGGUACAGCUUGCAGAGUCGGGAUCUUAUCGCAGACUCGAUCGAGACGGUCAUGGGCGGACAGUGGUAUGACGCCAACAUCAGCAUCCCCGGUUGCGACAAGAACAUGCCGGGAGUCGUCAUGGCUAUGGGGAGGGUAAAUCGACCAAGUUUGAUGGUUUAUGGUGGAACCAUCAAGCCUGGUUGUGCUGUGACGCAAAAUAAUGCCGACAUUGACAUAGUCUCUGCCUUCCAAGCGUAUGGGCAGUUUCUCACCGGCGAAAUCACCGAGGCUCAGCGAUAUGAUAUCAUCCGACAUGCUUGUCCCGGCGGUGGUGCUUGUGGCGGCAUGUACACUGCCAACACCAUGGCAUCGGCAAUUGAGGCUAUGGGCAUGACUCUCCCAGGAUCCUCAUCGAACCCAGCAGAAUCCAAGGCCAAGGUUAUAGAAUGUUUAGCUGCUGGCGAAGCCAUCAAGAACCUUCUCAAAGAAGAUAUCCGCCCGUGUGAUAUACUAACGCGCCAAGCGUUUGAGAACGCAAUGGUGGUUGUCAACAUCACCGGUGGCUCCACCAAUGCAGUGCUUCAUCUUAUCGCCAUUGCUGACUCCGUUGGCAUUAAACUCACAAUCGAUGACUUCCAGUCCGUCAGCGACCGCAUCCCUUUCCUCGCUGAUCUCAAACCCUCUGGCAAAUAUGUAAUGGCUGACCUCUAUGCAAUUGGCGGCACCCCUUCAUUGCUCAAAUUCCUCCUAAGAGAGGGUCUCAUUGAUGGUUCCGGAAUGACCGUCACGGGCCAAACUCUUGCCAAGAACAUUGAAAAGACCCCCGACUUUCCGGCAGAUCAGAAAAUCAUACGACCUCUCAACAACCCCAUCAAGAAAACUGGACAUAUUCAGAUCCUUCGUGGAAACCUUGCUCCUGAAGGUAGUGUCGGUAAAAUUACUGGAAAGGAGGGUACGAAAUUCGUUGGUAAGGCGAAGGUCUAUGAUCAUGAAGAUGACUUUGUCGCCUCAUUGGAGCGGAAUGAGAUUCCGAUGGAUGAGAAAACAGUCGUGGUUAUUCGAUAUGCCGGACCGAAGGGUGGACCCGGAAUGCCUGAAAUGCUCAAACCUUCUUCUGCCCUCAUGGGUGCGGGUCUUGGUUCAUCCGUUGCGCUAAUCACGGAUGGCCGCUUUAGCGGUGGCUCUCACGGUUUCCUGAUUGGCCAUGUUGUUCCUGAAGCAGCCGUUGGUGGACCCAUCGCCCUCGUCGAGAACGGUGAUAUCAUCACCAUCGACGCUGAAAAUCGUUGGCUCAACCUCGAUGUAUCAGAAGAGAUCCUUACUCAGCGGAGGAUGAAAUGGCUCGAGCAAGAGAGCCAAGGACUGAAUCCACCUUCCGGGCUGGCAAUGAGGGGGACGCUAGGUAAAUAUGCUAGAAAUGUCAAGGACGCAAGUCACGGAUGUAUUACGGACGCAUUGUAG